ACCCACCCCAUCGUCUCGGUGGUGGUUCUAAGGCGGUGGCGCCGUCUCGGUGUCCGGGCGCAGGGCGGGCCUGGCGGAGCUAUGGCGGCCGUGCGGGGCCUGCGGGUCUCGGUGAAAGCGGAGACGGCGGUGGAGCCCCGCGGCCCGGAGCCUGAGCCUAUGGAGGUGGAAGAAGGCGAGCUGGAGACCGUCCCUGUGAGGCGUUCGCUGCGGGAGCUCGUUCCGGACACUAGUAGGAGAUACGAAAACAAAGCUGGAAGUUUCAUUACUGGAAUAGAUGUAACCUCCAAGGAAGCCAUUGAGAAGAAGGAACAAAGAGCAAAGCGCUUUCAUUUUCGAGCUGAAGUGAAUCUCGCCCAAAGGAAUGUGGCUCUGGAUCGGGACAUGAUGAAGAAAGCAAUUCCUAAAGUGAGACUAGACACAAUUUACAUCUGUGGAGUGGAUGAGAUGAGUACACAGGACAUCUUUGCCUAUUUCAAGGAGUAUCCUCCUGCUCAUAUUGAGUGGUUAGAUGAUACAUCAUGUAAUGUGGUCUGGCUUGAUGAAGUAACAGCAACACGGGCUUUAAUUAAUAUGAGUUCCUUGCCUGAUCAGGAGAAAACAAAAAGCAGAGAAAACAACGAAGAGAAGACAGCUGAAAAAGCCAAGAAAGAAAAACAGGAGGAAAUCUCUGAUGAUGAGACGGAAGAAGGCGAGGUUGAGGAUGACAAUCCAAGUGAUGUUGAGUUGGAUGCCCUCUCCCAGGUAGAAGAGGAUUCUCUCCUGCGUAAUGAUCUUCGCCCUGCCAAUAAACUGGCUAAAGGAAACAAGCUGUUCAUGAGAUUUGCUACUAAAGAUGAUAAGAAAGAGCUGGGAGCUGCAAGGCGAAGCCAGUAUUACAUGAAAUAUGGCAAUCCCAACUAUGGAGGCAUGAAGGGGAUUCUGAGCAAUUCAUGGAAACGAAGGUACCAUUCCCGCCGAAUCCAUCGGGAUGUGAUAAAGAAAAGGACACUUAUUGGGGAUGAUGUUGGCUUGACUCCUCCUUACAAACAUCGUCCCUCAGGCUUAGUAAAUGUUCCCGAAGAGCCUAUUGAGGAGGAGGAAGAAGAGGAAGAAGAUCAGGUUAUGGAUGAAGACGACAGAGUUGUGGUAGAGUACCGCGAUGAGCUGCAAGCUUUCAAGCAGUCCCGAGAGCGUAGUGCAGCCCGAAGGUCAAGUGCAAGUGCAUCUGAUUCUGAUGAAAUGGACUAUGAUCUUGAACUGAAAAUGAUAUCAACGCCCUCUCCCAAAAAGAGCAUGAAAAUGACAAUGUAUGCAGACGAGGUGGAGUCACAACUGAAAAACAUUAGGAAUUCCAUGCGAGCAGAUAGCAUAGCAACCAGUAACAUCAGAAACCGGAUUGGCAGUAAAGGAUCAUUAGAGAAAGUGGCAGAUGUGAGACUACUGUUAGAAGAAAAACGUCAGAACAACAGUGGGCCGCGUCAUCCAAACAGCACUGUAAAAUCAGAUGUGCGGCGAAGACUGGGAAAGAGACCACAUUCUCCAGAAACUAAACCUCCAAGUAGUACCUCUGCUUCUCGUCGAGAGCCCAUAUCAGAUGUCCACAGCCGGUUAGGACUCCCCAAACAAGAUGUUAAAGGCCUCUACUCUGAUACCAGAGAGAAGAAGUCAGGUAAUUUAUGGACCCGAUUAGGGUCUGCUCCGAAGGCCCAAGAAAAGACUUCUGAUAAACCUGAGAAACCUGUGGCAGCUCCAGAGGAGGACGACUCAGAGCUCCAGCGGGUUUGGGGUGCUCUCAUAAAGGAGAAAGAACAGUCUCGGCAAAAGAAGAGCCGGUUGGAUAAUUUACCAUCCCUACAGAUCGAAAUCAGCCGAGAAAGCAGCUCGGGAUCAGACUCGGAGUCAUGAUCGGGUUUACAUCCCCAUCCUCAGCAUUAGAACUCUGCAGUGUGGCAGGAUUUCCUUUGCCCAAAAGCUGGACCCUGGCAAAGACUCUGCAGUGAAGGUUCCAGAAGUGUCUCUGUUCCUUUUCUACAAACCAGAGAUGCAAACACCACUUGAAACCUGAAGCAAUCACGUUUGUCUGGAGUCUGUGGUGUGCCCUGUGUUACGUAGGGCAUUGUCAUAUAUGUUUAUUACAGCAAACCUGUAGUUUAUUCUAGCAAAACACUUUUCCUCCCCAAGCUUUGAAGUGAAAAGAAGAGGCAGAGAUGCUCUGUAUUUUUAAGACCUUUUUUGUUCUUAAUGUUUUUAACACGGAGGCUUUUAACAACGUAUUUUACACAGUCCUUCCAAAGAACAGGGCAUUUCAUAACCAACAUCAUUGCCUUGCCCUUCUGGCUCUUAACCAGCACCUUUCCUUUCCUCUUGAAGUAAUAACAAGUAAAGCCCUUCCUGGGUGGGCAGCCAGCAGGGAUAAGCUUGAAAGGGGACUGUCACGUUCCCCUCCUCCAAAAUACUGGAUGUGAAUUGGAAGUUAAACGUAUUAGUACGGUGGAAUUCUACGUAGUAUCCAAGUAGCAUCCGGGCUUGAGGAGUCCUGCUUGUUUCUUUAGGUGAUACCAUGUUCUGCUGCAGUAGGGAUGGUCAAGACUGCAAAGUUGGAGGUUUGAGAACUGUGUAAAUCGCCAAGGGUUUCAGUUUUUGUUGUUGCUGUUACACAAUGAGAAAUCCCAUUUCUUUCAUUUCCUCUGUGUUCUGUUCUGAAGAAAUCUAACAACUGAACAGCAUCAGUUUUUCUACUUGCGAGGAUUUUCCUGUUGGCCACGGUGAAAGCUAUAGUAGUGUUUUCCUAUAUGCUGUUUAACUAUAUAUAUAUAACUGAAAGAGAAAAGGAAAACUCUAGGAUCACUGUCUCAUGUCAAUACUUUUGGACGUUCUUCCUGUAUUGUUCAUGUGGAUGUGGACAUGGUUGACUUGUUACAUUCAGAUUUUUUUUACCUGCAUCCCCUCUCUAGGUAGGGAAAAGGUUUGGUCAGCGUGCAACUGUAGUGACAUGUUGCCUGUGGCAUAUAUUUGCAUUGCCAGUGGUUUGAAAUAAGGAAUGAUGCAGCACAUACCAGCCUGGUAAACAGAACAGGUAGCAAAGCCAUUGCUACAUUUGGAUAGGCUGAAAAAUCUCUUUGUGUUGUCCCUCUUUCCUAUGUUCUCAGUCCAAAAUGUCUCUCAAUCUCUCUUCCCCUUCCUGCUUUUUAACAGACACAAGUUUUAUCUUUUCCCUCCCUGGUUUUGUACUAAGCUGAAGUAAGUCUGAGGCUUUCCCAAAACGAGGAAUCUGCAAUUAACUUUUCUUACUGCUUUAUUAUGAUAAAGAAUAGCAGCAUGGGAAACAAAAGGUAAAAUGAAAGGUACAGUGACUGGAAGGUAUCUGGGGACUGACUGGGCUUAAAGCCUUAUUAUUUCCUCUUUUUGUGACACUCAUCCUUGGUUUUCUAUUUAAUUAUUGACUAUAUAAAUAUGUCUCAUAAAAGUCCUGUUGAGAGUAAAUGACUGUAAUGUUUGAUCACUGUAAGAGUUCAUCUUAAUGUGUGCUUUCAUCAGUACCCCCUCCAAAGCUUUCAAAUACAAUCAUGCCCAUUUCUCAACAUACAGAUAAAAUUUAUUUAACCAGU